GAGUCUUGCUCUGUCACCCAGGUUGGAGUGCAGUGGCGCGAUCUCAGCUCACUGCAAGCUCCGCCUCCUGGGUUCACGCACAUUCUCCUGCCUCAGCCUUCUGAGUAGCUGGGCCUACAGGCGCCCGCCACCACGACUGGCUAAUUUUUUUGUAUUUUUAGUAGAGUCGGGGUGUCUCCGUGUUAGCCAGGAUGGUCUCGAUCUCCUGACCUCGUGAUCCGCCUGCCUUGGCCUCCCAAAGUGCUGGGAUUACAGGCGUGAGCCACCGCACCCAGCUGUGGAUUUUCUAUCUGAGGUUUAUCUAAGGGAGGGGAAGGAAAGGGAGGUUAUUGGGAGUGUUUUAAGUGUUUGAUAGAAACUUAUCUCUGUAUCAGAGGUAGAAUUUACAACCUGAUGAGUUAUCCUAAACAUUUCAUUAUUGCAGCCGUUAUUCCUAAAGUGACGCUUUAGAACAUUUAGUACUGUUCCUUUCUUUUUUUUUUUUCAUUUUAUUCUUCCUUUUACCUACUUCCCCAAGUAGGCUGCCUCUAGAUAAGACUGUAUAUUAUCAGGUAGGAAGAACUUGGUUCCAGGAGUUUUGGGACUGGGAAGAUUGGACAACAGCUGUGUAACCCGGGCUGCUGCUUCUCUCUAGGGCUUAUGAAGUGGUUACUAAAAUCUAAAGUUCUAUGGAAAAGGGCCAGUUUCCUCUAGGAUUUGACCACAACUUUGAGGGAUACUUCAUAAGAAAGCUGAACUUCUGGUGGAUGGAGAUGUAAAUGAAUAUUGAGUUUGGUUUCAGGGAGCUGUUUUUUCAAAACAGCUUUACUGAGAUAUAAUUCACAUACCAUACAGUUGUCUAUUUAAAGUGUACAAUUCACUGAUUUCUGGCAUGUUCACAGAUAUAUGCAACUGUGGUCAUUUUAGAACAUUUUAUCACCUCGGAAGGAAACCCUUUACCCUUUAGCUCUCAUUGCUCUGUACCUCCAAACCUCAGCCCCUGACUACUAUAAUCUGUCUCAAUAGAUUUACCCGUUCUGUACUUUCAUAUGUGUAGAGUCAUAUAUUAUGUGGUCUUUUGUGACUGGCUUCUUUCACUUAGCAUAAUGUUUUUAAGGGUCAUCCAUGUUGUAGCAUGUAUCAGUAUUUACAUGUUUUUAUGGCUGAAGAAUAUUCCACUGCAUUGCAUACACCACAUUUGUGUUUAUUCAUUCAUCAUGUUGGUGGUGUUUUCCACCUUCUGGCUAUUGGGAAUAAGGCUGCUGUAAACAUUUAUGUACACAUUUUUUUUUCCCCCGCUUGAGUAGAUACCUAGGAGUGGAAUUGCUGGGUCAUGUGUUAACUAUGUUUAGCUGUUUGAGAACUGCUAGGCUGUUUUCCAAAGGGAGACUUCUCUUUUUUCUUUUUUUUUUUUUUUGAGACGGAGUCUCACUCUGUUGCCCAGGCUGAAGUGCAGUGGUGUGAUCUCAGUCCACUGCAACCUCAGCCUCUUGGGCUCAAGUGAUCCUCCUGCCUCAGCCUCCCACGUAACUUGGAUGACAAGCCUGCGCUACCAUGCCUGUCUAAUUUUUGUAUUUUUAGUGGAGACUGGGUUUCGCCAAGUUGGCCAGGCUGGUCUCAAUCUCUAGACCUCAAGUGAUCUCCCUGCCUUGAACUCCCAAAGUGCUGGGAUUAUAGGCAUGAGCCACCAUGCCCGGCCCCAAAAGGAGACCAUUUUACAUUCCUACCAGCGGUAUAUGAAGGUCCCAGUUUCUUCACAUCCUUACCAACACUUAUUAUCUGACUUUGAUUCUAGCCAUUCUAGUGAGUGUUAAGUGGUAUGUCAUUGUGGUUUUGAUUUGCAUUUCCCUGAUAACUAGUGAUAUUGAGUAUCUUUUCAUGUGCUUACUAGUUUUUAUUUAUUUAUUUAAUUUUUUAAGACAGGUUCUUGCUCUGUUGUCCAGGCUGGAAUGUAGUGGUACAGUCUUGGCUUACUGCGGUCUCCACCUCCUAUACCCAAGUGAUUCUCCUGCCUCAGCCUCCUGAGUAGCUGGGACUACAAGCACAUGCGUCCAUGCCUGGGAGUUAAAGUUCCUCGUAAUUUUCGCUUGUUGGAAGAACUUGAAGAAGGACAAAAAGGAGUAGGCGAUGGUACGGUUAGCUGGGGCCUUGAAGAUGAUGAAGAUAUGACACUUACAAGGUGGACAGGCAUGAUUAUUGGGCCACCAAGGACAAAUUAUGAAAACAGAAUAUAUAGCUUGAAAGUAGAAUGUGGACCUAAAUACCCAGAAGCUCCUCCGUCAGUUAGAUUUGUAACAAAAAUUAAUAUGAACGGAAUAAAUAAUUCCAGUGGGAUGGUAGAUGCCCGGAGCAUACCAGUGUUAGCAAAAUGGCAAAAUUCAUAUAGCAUUAAAGUUGUACUUCAAGAGCUAAGACGUCUAAUGAUGUCCAAAGAAAAUAUGAAGCUUCCACAGCCACCAGAAGGACAAACAUACAACAAUUAAUUUUAGUGGAUCUCAAACUUGUCUUAAAUCAACAACCUUCUACUCAUGUUAAUGUCUUGAUUAAAUAUCACAAUGCAAAAUACCCACACAUUAAGUAAAAGAAUUCCAGCUGGUAAACAUGACCUGGACAUUUGUAAGAAUAUAUUUAAUAUAUGUACACCCAUUAUGUUUUCAGGUAACAGGAGGAAAAAUGCAGCACAAUUUUUUUUCUCUUGAAAGCCACUGUCAUUUAAACAUAAACCUGGAGUACUCGAAAUAGAAUUCAGGUUUACAAGAUGAAAGCGUGUGGAGAAGUGUCAGAUGGCAGUGGAAGCAUGUGUGUUUCUAAAAAGUAAAAAUCUCAAGAAAGAAAACAGAAAUGGCAUGCUUUACCCAUCUUGCUUAGUGAAAGAGAGCUGCAGUUGAAAUUGUUUAAAAAGUAGCAGGUACAACGAAUAUUGUCACAGAUGUGUUAAUUUUUGAAGCAAUGUGGGUGCUGACUACUAGUAGUAUCAAAAAUAUGUUCAGGAUUGUUUUGAUACCUGUAUUUAUAAUAAAAAAUGUUGGGGGGAGUUGAUGAAUUCCUGUUAAAAGCUGUUCUUGUGUGUUACAUGUAACAGACAUGGUAAAUAUUUGUUUACAGUCUUUGUUUAACAAACCAUGCAUUUAAGUUUAAGUGAAGUCAACAAAAAGGAAAUAGGUGUAUGGAUAUGUGAUUUUGAGAUUAAAGUUAGUCUUAAAAUGUAAAUAAAAUGUGGAACGUGUCCUCAGA